UUGGAUUGGGAUUAGGAGCGAGAUGGGUGUGGUUGAUGAGGAAAGGUGGUGAGAGACAUGCUUUGGCUAAGAGUGGAGUGGAGAGCAUGAGAGAGCAUGAGAGAGCAUGAGAGCAAGAGGGAGAGGAUCAGGCAGAUGAUACGAAAGAAGUGUACGCGAUAUUGCUGGAUUUCAUACCUUGUAUUGGAGUUCGGAGUAGACUUGUAUCCUGGACAUGGUUAUAUACCAAUGUCAUCAUUUCCUAUGGCAGGUUGUGUCGCGAGCUACUCAGCCGGCAUGAUGGAAAUUGGUUGCGAGAAAGUACUCCUAAGGAAGAAAGUGUUUUCUGAUUCUUCCCGCGGCAAUACGAUCAAUAUUCAUCCUCUUAAGUAAGAAUAGGAACAAGGUUCCAACAUAAGCCGCACUAGCCGUCAUCACGACCUUGAAGGAACGAAGAAUAAGCACAACGUUCUCGAACAAGAACCGAAGAAGGAUCUCACUCAACGUCA